CAAGACCUGUCUCCCGUGUCAUUAGUUUUCGUGGUCCAUCGAAUUAUGAAGAUUCUCAGUAUCUGCAUUGCGUUGAACCUGAUGGUGAUGGUGAGCCAUGGGGAUGCUGCAGUGACACAAGCGCCGAUACCAAUCGACCUGGAGGAAAAAACCGGGAGUGAUUCCCCUGACGAAGAGCCUGACCCCGACGAUGCGAUUGCUGGCAGAUCAAAAGACGACGAUCUUCCGGUGUUGCCUCCAAUAAUUCUUCUGGACUUUGCGGACACCAACUCGACGUCCGAUGAAAAAAGCAAGCGCACCGUUGACAAUGGCCUUGGCUACGGCUACUUGAGGAACAACUUGUUAAACGGAAAGUACAAUUACUACUUCCCAGGUGGUAAAACGGGUACAACAGUGAGUAUCGAGGAAUCGAUAAGUCCAUUCGAGCCGAAGACGAUAAUCGAGCAGUUCAAGCCGAUGACAGAUAGGCCUGACUACAGCAGUCCAACGACUACUUAUCAGCCAAAUGUCCAGGAAACACGAGGACCUCAGGUCAAUCAGAAUUAUCAGGUCUUCGGGCAGAGAACGAGACUGCAGAAGUACUCACCCCCGGAUAAUUACAAUCCCCAGGGUUUCACACCCAAGCCAAUUACCUACACGACCCUUCGACCUGAUUAUCAAACGCCCACCCCUAAACCUCAAGAGAUUUACUCAGGACUCAGUGACUACACGACACCGCGACCCAUCUACGAGAAUUACCAAUCAACACCUGCAACUCCAUCUUACACCGAGAGAAAUUUUCCUGUUCACAAUCACCAGAGGCCCUACGAGACCCCGACGACAGGUCGUCCCCUCCCCGUGGACCCCGCGGCCUUCAAUCUCCCGAGGUAUACAGUAGAAAACGGAAUAAGGUACGAGAAUAAAAUAAUCUGGAAGUACCAGGACGGUAGAAUCGCCGACGGUCCCCCGUCGUCGUUCGUCAAAUUCAUGAUGGAAAUUGAUCCCUCAAAAAAUAAUUGCAACGAUGAAAAUUGAUAGCUACGAUUACCAAUGAUUUCCGGAAUUUCCCUCAAUCAACGACUUUCUAAUUUUUUUACAUCUUAAAAAUAUUUCUAUCGCUUGCAAAUGGCGAAAGUACUUGUGUAUGAAUUACCUGCGCACUUGUGAAUCCUAUUUUUAUUCUCAUAAGAUCGAGAGACCCUCGACAUAAUUUGUGAAUGCAAUUAGUGUAUAUAUGUAACAUGGGGACGUGCAAUGUAA